UUUAUCGGGUGCGUAUCUCCGCUCUAACGCUAAAGUGAGUUACUCGGCUCUUUCGUAAACGUUUUCGUAAAACGCACACUGCCGACUACUAAUACGGAUUCAUUCAGUUAGUCAGUCAGGUUGUUAGUCCUCAAUAAAACAACAUUGCAACUAAGUGGGAUUCGUUUCGUGUCAAAGAAAGAAAUUUUUAUGCGAUUGCGCAGUUAUUCGAACCGGCGAUCCUGAAGAGUUGUAGUUGUGAAAUUGAGACUUAAAAAUCAUUACAACUACUAAAAAAGUUAAAGAAAAGAAAAAAAUAUUAAAACGAAUUAAGGAAAUCAAAACAUAUCUUAAAGAGUGAUAAAAACGACAACUAAAAUACUAAAACAACAACAAACAACAAACAAUAAACAAUAAUUGUGUACAAAAUGCUGCUAAUAAAAUUAAUUAUAGUCAGUGUCCUUUGCCUUCUGAGCUGGCCAACAAAUGUGGAAGGUGAAAAGACACAAUUAACAAGAACACAAACAGAGCAAGAACAAGGCAUAAGAAAGGAUCCAUCGUCUUCCUCGUCAUCAUCGACAAUUGUAACACUGCCACUUACAACGACAACAACAGCAACAGCAGCCGCAUCAACAUCACCACAGUCAAACAUUUACCGAAUUAAAAGACUGAAUCUGUCAAAGGAUAAACCAAAAUUACGCAAACAACAAAAACAACGAAUAGAAGGACAUGAAGAACAGCAAAAGCAACAAUCAACUCUUAUCCAACAGGACCAUGGCCAUUAUGCAGACGAAUCAAAGGCUAUCAUCAAGGAUAAAAUGGCAAUGUCAGGUGAUUCUCGUCCAGCUGGCAAAACGAAGGGAAAGAAAGUGAAAGGCAUGGGAAAAAAUUCCCAUAGCUUAAAUAAGAAGCUAUUAAACAAAUUGGGCUUUACCAAAGUCAAAGCACCAAACAGUCAUAACCGGAAACGUUUGGCCAUUGAAUCACGACGCCAUGCCUCGCCCGAUGACUCACACAUGUUCAUUAUAAAAUUACCACCAAAUAUGUACUAUUAUGCGAACCCGAAACCAUCAUCCGGCAGUGGAUCACCCAAUGCCCUUCCAUCGUCAUCAUCGUCGUCGACAUCAUUAUCAGCCAACUCAUUUCUGGAUAAAAAGAACUUCCUAAAGACGUUGCAGGAACAGGCCCAUUCAUCCAGCGAUGAUUCAACAACAACAGAAUUAAAGGAUGCUAACGGAAAAAAGGUCUCCUUCCCCUUCAAUUCGAAUGGUAAACCCGGACGCAUCUACCACUGGAAUUUGCCGGUAAUUAAGAAAAUACUCGAAGAGAAACAACAGCGUUUUCCCAGUGUGGCCAAUGUGGAGCCACAUAAAGUCCAGCAAUUGAUUGAUAUCCACAACAUACCCACCUGGUCCAAACCGUGGGAGAAUGAGUCGAUCGAGAAGUCUUAUCAUCACCAUCAUCACGACUCAAUGAUGAGCUAUAAAAAGUCCCUAAAACGCAAAUCGCCCUCGUACUAUGCCCCGGCCAAUACCGUCAACAAGAAUAGCUUCAAUAAAUACUUUUCGGGUAAUGGCAAACCGAAGGGAUUCUAUGUCAUCAAAGAGAAUCAAAAGAAACCAUCCUACUAUAAAAAUAUUGUAUCGUAAACAGUUCGGGAGGAAGUAAAGCCGAGGAACAACAAACAUUCGCCUACAUACAAAAAGUCUAAUCCUAAGCCUAAGGAAACAAACCACAAAAUAAACGAAAUGCAAGUAGUUACUUAAGUAUUUUUACGUUAGGGAAUAAAAUACUGAACACACACAAUUACACAGACACAGGGAGGACCACAACUUGAAAAUAUUAAAUAUUGGAAUCCUGAAGAGAACACAUAAAGUUGUAACAAAUUUUAGAAGCCAUAAAAUCAAGAAAACGGGCUUUCAUUUGGUGUGAUGGAAAUUUAUAGAACAGCAGCAGAGGAUAUUGUAGACUUCUGUAGUCUUUCCUUAAAUGGGAUCUAUAGAUUUGAAAGAAAACAUUAAAAACUUUCACGAAAUCUCUUGAAGGAAAUUAGGAAAUCUUACCAAAAAAUCUUAUCUUAAAUAUGAUCUAUAGAUUUGAAAGAACAUAUUUAAACCUUUCACAAAAUUUCUUGAAGAAAAUUUCGAAAUCUUAUCUUAAAAAUCUUUUAAUAAAGGAGCUUUUACAUUUUUAUAGAAUAUGUAUUGAUCUACGGAUAAAAAUUUUCUAAAUAAGGGAUACAGAGACGAGAACAAAAUUCAACUUUCAAAAUUAAAAGAUUUUUGUCUUCAGUAAAAAAAUUUAAAAUCGAAAAUCGACUUUUACUUCCCAAUCAAAGUUAAUCUAAUUAGAUUUUAGACUUAUUAACAAUUAAUUUUGGCAACAGAUUAUAAAAUGAAUUUAUGCCUCAAGAACGCCUGCCUAAUUUUAACAAUUCACACUAUUUCGAAUGGUAUCUUGGCAUAAUAGGAUAACAUAGGCUGCAAUCAGUAAAAUAUCGAAUAUAAAUAGUUACUGCAAUAUGUGGAUUACACAAAAUGGCAGAGCGAAUUGAACAUAAGGAGGAAAGAAAAGGAUUCAUACCCUCUGAAAAUACUUCCGCAACUUUCAAGAUUCUUAAAUCGCUAGUACUGUUAUACGGAGGACCAUGCGUAAUAGCGUGUAAUGACAUUGUGAAACAGCAAUCCAGGGGUUGGUAAAUUCUUAGUGAAUAGUUUUCGGUUCCCAUGCCAAACACUUUAAGGAACCACUAAAUUUAUCCCUUACAAUACACAAAGGGCCUCAAGUAUGUUGCUAUACGCUUCUCAAAAUUUAUGAUAAAGUUUUAAAUAUGAUACGGUCGUAUGGGUUACAUGUAUCAUUUGUACAAAAUAUGGGUCAUGCACGCUUCCCAAAAUUUAUGAUAAAGUUUUCAAUUUGAUACGGUCGUAUGGGUUACAUGUAUCAUUUGUACAAAAUAUGGGUUAUGUCGGCUUACGUUUUGGUACAGCCCUAUUUAAGGGUGUAUCACGAUUUCAAGUAUUUUUAUACGCUCCACCAUUCAUAGUAUGGAGGAUAUAUUAAGUUCGUCAUUCCGUUUGUAACUCAUCGAAAUAAUAAUUUUAGACCCAACCAAGUAUAUAUAUUCUUGAUCAGCAUGAAAUUCUAAGACGAUUUAGCCCUGUCCGUCCACUGUUGUAAUCACGCUACAGUCAAAACUAAUUAAGGUAGGAAGCUUCGACUUUGCACAAGUCUGUCUUUUGCCUGCAGGCAGGUCAAGUUCGAAGACGAUUUAGCCCUGUCCGUCCGUCCGUCUGUUGUAAUCACGCUACAGUCAAAACUAAUUAAGGUAGGAAGCUUCGACUUUGCACAAGUCUGUCUUUUGCCUGCAGGCAGGUCAAGAUCGAAGAUGGGCCAUAUCGGUCCAUGAUUUCGUUUAGCCCCCAUAUAACGUUACCCCUGAUAUUUCGUAUUUUUAUGAUAUAAGCCACAUUUUUCAAUGGAAUUGUCUGAAAUUCCACACAAGGAAUUCCUUGUGAGUACUUUACCCCCUGAAAGAGAAUUGUCUAUAUAGAUCGACAAUCCCCAUAUAACGUCACCUUCGAUAUUAGGUGUUUUUAAAAUUUUAGCCACAUUUUCCAAUGGAAUUGUCUGAAAAUCCACACAAGUAGUUCCUUGUGAGUACUUUAUCCCCUGGAAGAGAAUUAUCCAUAUAGCUCCACGAUAUCGUAUAGCCCCCAUAUUUUUAUGAUUUUGGCCACAUUUUUCAAUGGAAUUGUCUGAAAUUCAACACAAUUAGU